GCCUUCCCCAGUCCUGGUGCCAGGUUCAGUCACGUUCAUCUGGAUAUCGCAGGCCACUUGCCUCUAUUCAAUGGCUUUUCCUAUCUCCUCACUUGUGUGGAUCGAUUCACCCGAUGGUCGGAGGCUAUCCUUCUCCCAAAUAUCGAGGCUUCUACGGUCGUCAAGGCUUUCCUCAGUCGUUGGGUUGCCAUCUUUGGCGUUCACUCCACAAUCCCGACUGACCGUGGUGCUCAAUUCGAGUCUAACCUAUUCCAACUUUUAUAUUUUCAUUCGGCGUUGUUUCUUUACGCCACCUUCGGUCUAGCCGAGGGGUACUGUAGCGGUCCUCCGGUUAGCCUUUCGCUGACACUUUUAUCGCAGGCCCACACGCGACUCUCCACUGCCCGCGCUCUGGGCCAAUUCUUUGGAGUGUCCAGCAUGACUCAUCAGGCUGUUGCUGUUUCCUCUGAUUUGAUGCUAUAA